AUGAACUUUUCGGUAUCAUCCCACCUCAAAUUGGUAACCUCUCCAAGCUCAUCUAUCUUAGAAUUGUCCAUCAAUCAGUUUUCGGGAGCAAUCCCUCCAGAUAUUGGCCUGCUGACAAAUCUUGAGUUCCUCCACCUCUUUGAAAACAAGUUAAAUGGCUCAAUUCCUCAAGAAAUAGGCCAGCUAAAGUCUCUUUAUGAGCUUGAUUUGUAUAUGAACAAUCUUGAUGGCUCCAUUCCUGCUUCUUUGGGCAGUUUGAGCAACUUGGCUAUUUUAUAUCUUUAUGGCAAUGAGCUUUGUGGUUCCAUUCCCCCAGAAAUGGGAGAUCUCUCCAAUCUUGUUGAGCUCGACAUGGAUACGAACUUUCUAAUGGGCCCCAUCCCUUCAACUUUCAAGAAUUUGCGAAAGCUAAAAGUGCUGUAUGUGUUCAACAAUCUACUAUCUGGUCCCAUCCCCCCAGAGAUAGUCGUAUUUCUCCUUGUUGGGCCAUUUUUACUUCUUGGUGCAUUCAUCGGACUUUUCCUUGUAUACAUAAGAAGAAAAGGAAAUGCACAAGUCAAACAGGGCAAAGUGCAGGAUAAAGAUGUUUUUUCAAUUCUGUCUCAUGAUGGGAGAACAACGUAUGAUGAAAUCUUAAAAGCCACCAAUGAUUUUGAUGCCACAUACUGCAUUGGAAAAGGUGGACAUGGAACUGUCUACAUAGCAGAGCUGCGAUCAGGCAAUAUAGUAGCUGUGAAGAAACUUCACCAGUUUUCUGAGAUGGGAGAUGUUAAAGUUUACGAGUACCUUGAAAGGGGUAGCUUGGCCACAAACUUGAGCAAAGAUGAAGUGGCUCAAGAACUGGAUUGGCAUAAAAGGGUUAAUAUAAUUAAGGGCGUGGCUCAUGCUUUGUCUUACAUGCACCAUGAUUGCUCACCACUAGUUGUUCAUGGAGACAUAUCAAGUAGCAACGUUUUGUUGGAUUCAAAUUAUUCACAGUCAGCACUACAACCUACAGUUCAAGUUGAGGUGACGCCAGCUCAAAAACGUCUCAAGAUUAUUAAAGGGUUUUCUCAGCUGAUGCCGGUUAUGUUUGAGGGCGGUGCAGAUCCAAUGAUAGCAGAUGACUACAUGGAGCAAGUUGAAACUCAAUUGAUUUCAAUGGAUGUGACGGAGGAUCAUUUGAAGAUUAUCAUAGCUAUUUAUAAGUUUGCUAAGGAUACCAAAUUAUGGUGGAAGUCGGUUACGAGUCGGUACAAGUUCAUCAAGGUAUAUUCUGAAGCAGUGGAGAGGGCUUUAAUGUUAGAAGCGGAUAAUAGAGAUAAGGAUGCGAGAAGGGAGCAGUGGAAGCAGAAGAGGGGUGCAGGGCCAUCCUCAGAAGGAUCUUCUUGGAAGAAGAACAAGGGUGGUUCAUUUCAGUUUUAG